AUGACGAUCGGGAACGUAUGGAUGUUCGCUGGUAGCCAGCGGAGUCAAACCCGCGCAGGUUUCAAGAAUGGGCCAGGCCGACUGGGCGCAAAAAGGGAGGACGCUGCACGGCUGAGAUACGAAGGAUGCGGAGUCCAAUAUGAGCGUCCUCUUUGUCUCCUUCAUGCAGAAAGUGCUCCGUCCUCUCGACACCGACCCCGAAUUGGCGCCAAGAGCGGAAAACUAAACCGCUUGCGAGGCUCGGAGGGAGAUCCGUGCACGGUGGAUAUACUCUGUAUAUCGGCGGAAUCGCUGGCGGAUUUCGUUCAAGAUGGGUUCCUUCGAGGCCUGUUUCAAAAAGCCAGCGCGAUACUGGCCUGUGGCACCGUUGCUCGCAUCCUGCAGAGCUUCUACAGAGUGGCGGGCCCUUCACCCGGCCUCGCUCGCGCACACAUAACAUUCAUCCAUGAAGAGAGCGACGCAGCAGCCGCCCUUAACUAA